GCCACUUACCGAGCCCCAGCACCGGGAUGCUGUGGCCGCUGGCGACCGGCACCGCGGGGACACCGCCCGGACCGGGCUUGCCCGCCGCUGCCAUGACCCUGCUGCAGCCGGGGACUACAACUCCCGGCGGCCCCUGCGCCCCAACGGCGCCGCGGGCAGCCGGGAGCCGGGCGAGAGAAACCGGGAAACGGAGAGCUAGGAGCCGGGAAACGAGCGGCCGGGAACCGGGAAACGAGCAGCUGGGAGCCGGGAAACUAGCAGCUAGGAGCAAGGCUGUACGGACCUGGGGCUGGGUCCCGGCGAGCGGUGGGGUGUGCGGCACCCCGGCUGAGGCCGCUUCCGUUUCUCUCGUGAGGCAGGUGGCGGGGGCGCGCUCCCCGAGCAUGCUGUACCUGGUGGGGCUGGGCCUGGGCGAUGCCAAGGACAUCACGGUGAAGGGGCUGGAGGCGGUGCGGCGCUGCCGCAGGGUGUACCUGGAGGCCUACACGUCCGUGCUCACCGUGGGCAAGGAAGCGCUGGAAGAGUUUUAUGGAAAAGAAUUGAUUUUGGCUGACCGAGAAAUGGUGGAACAAGAAGCAGAUAGCCUUUUAAAAGAAGCUGAUGUUUGUGAUGUCGCAUUUCUUGUGGUUGGUGAUCCUUUUGGGGCCACAACACACAGUGAUUUAGUGCUGCGUGCAGUAAAAUUGGGGAUUCCUUACAAGGUCAUUCAUAAUGCUUCCAUAAUGAAUGCAGUGGGCUGCUGUGGUUUACAGUUGUACAAUUUUGGAGAAACCGUUUCCAUAGUGUUCUGGACAGAUACGUGGAAGCCAGAGAGCUUCUUUGACAAGAUUGAGAAGAACAGGCAGAAUGGAAUGCACACCCUGUGCUUACUUGAUAUUAAAGUGAAGGAGCAGUCUCUGGAGAAUCUCAUGAAAGGAAGAAAGAUUUAUGAGCCACCACGUUACAUGAGUGUGAAUCAAGCUGCAGAACAGCUUCUUGCCAUUAUUGAAAACAGAAGGCUCCAAGGAGAAAAACCAGAAAUUACUGAAAACACAAUUUGUGUUGCCCUUGCUCGUGUUGGUGCUCUGGAUGAGAAGAUUGCUUCAGGCACUCUACAGCAGAUGUCCACUGUGGAAUUGGGUGCCCCACUACAUUCCUUAAUUGUUACAGGCACUAUGCAUCCUCUGGAACUGGAAAUGCUUAAACUGUUCUCUGUAGAUAGUUCCGUUUUUGAAAAUAAUGCAUGUCAAAGGACUACUUAAAUAAAAACCAGGCAUUUA